AUGAACUCAAGUUCGAGUUUGAACUUUGAUGAGCAUCGAUGGGUCAUUCAAAUCCGUCGAACCCUAGAUGAAGAGCUUGAAGAGGACUAUACUGAAAUCCCUGUAAGCAUCUUCAAUGUCCCCAAAACCCUAAUGGCUAGUAACCCGGAUUCAUAUAUUCCACAAGAAGUUGCAUUAGGCCCUUACCAUCAUUGGCGCCCCGAGCUCUAUGAGAUGGAGAGAUACAAGCUUGCUGCAGCAAAAAGCAUCCAGAAACAACUACAUUGCCUCAAGUUCCAACAUAUUGUCGACCAAUUGACAAAGUUGGAGCCGAGGAUUCGAGCUUGUUACCACAUGUACCUUGAUAUAGAUGACGAAACCCUAGGGUGGAUGAUGGCAAUUGAUGCCUCCUUCUUACUUCAAUUAUUUCAAAUCUAUGCUGUCAAAGAAGACCAUAAGACUCUAACAAGAGUUUGUUCUAGGAUGUCCCAUUUGUUUGACAUUGCAGGGAGAAAGUCGGCACAUAAUGCCAUUCUUCGAGAUAUGGUGAUGCUCGAGAAUCAAAUUCCACUCUUCCUAUUGAGAAAGAUGUUCGAAUUCCAUUUUUCGACGUUAGAAUUAUCGGAUGGCAUCUUACAUUCCAUGUUAAUGGGAUUGUGCAAGGAGCUCUCCCCCUUCAAGAUGAUGGAAGAAUUACCAAAUGUUCAAGUCUCCGAGCGCGCUCACUUGCUAGACUUUUUGUACCACACCAUAGUGCCCAACUCGGAGGAUCAACCACGCCAAGUAACUGAAGCUGAGGAUCAACUAAUGCGAGUCAAGGAAGGAGAAGAAAAACCUCUUGUGAAGAAGUCAAUUUAUGUCGAACAAUUCCUUGGCGAGAUUUGGAAGCUCCUCUCAAAGUUGUACGAAGGCCCGGUACGUGUCUUGAUUUCAAAACCUGUUGAAGUGAUUUCAAAUUUGCCUUGGAAUGUCAUCUUUAAACUUCCAGGACUUCGAGUGCUGAAACAGCCCAUAGAAUUUUUAUUCAUCUCCCAAGAUAAAGAACCCCAAAAUGAGUCUCUUCCAAAGUACUCAAACUCUAACAUUCACAAACCUCCACUGCUUGAGGAAAUCACAAUCCCUUCAGUCUCCAAGCUCUCCAAAGCCGGUGUCCGUUUCUUACCCACGCAUGGCAGCAUCUCAACCAUUAGUUUCGAUCCUAAAACAGUUACAUUGUACCUCCCAACUGUCAGCUUAGACGUGAACACGGAGGUGAUCUUGAGAAACUUAGUGGCAUACGAAGCAUGUAGUGCGUCGGGACCAUUGGUUUUCACUCGUUACACUGAAUUAAUGAAUGGGAUUAUUGAUGAUGAAGAGGAUGCAAAGCUGCUUAGAGAAAGAGGGAUUGUUUUGAACCAUUUGAAGAGUGAUGGAGAGGUGGCCAACCUGUGGAAUGGGAUGAGCAAGUCUAUUAGGUUGACCAAAGUGCCCUCCUUUGAUAAAGUGAUUGAAGAUGUCAACAAAUAUUACAAUGGCAGGUGGAAGGUUAGAGCUGGGAAAUUCAUGAAACGUUAUGUGUUUGGUUCAUGGCAGUGUCUCACAUUUCUGGCUACUAUUCUGCUCUUAUUGUUGACGGCUUUACAAGCCUUUUGCUCAGUGCAUAGCUGUGCUCGAAAUGUCACAAACAUCAUUGAUUGA